AUGUUGGAUCAUGUAUGUACAUUGAAAGUACAAAAUAAUGACAAGAAGUUGUCCUUCAGAGAAAGAUGGAGUUUUAUAAUUCAAAUUAGCAGAAUGACACCGAGGGCAAAAAAGUAUUUCGAUAGCAUGGCACGUAUCGCUAGUGAAAAACGAAGACACAAUUUGUUUAAAUAUUGGUGGAUUAUUCACCCGUUUAGUAAUUUGAGAUUUUUCUGGGAUUUGAUAAUGACAGUGAUAUACAUUGUUUCAUUCGUUUCAAUUCCAUUCUCAGUUUGUUUUAUUAUAAUGAGUCACGAUGAUAUUGGAUUGGAUAAAUUCAAUCUUCUGAUUUACGGUUUUUGUUGGAUCGAUAUAAUAAUGAAUUGUUUUACUGGAUAUUACAAUAAAUAUGAAAUGGGUAAAACUUUCCUGAUAUUUGAUAUUCUAUCUUCGUUACCAUGGGAUCAUAUGACUUUGCCUUGGCGCAAAUUACCUGAAGAUAAUACUUAUUUUUUUGUUUCUUUGAUCAAUGUCCUUCCUUGUCUGAAGUUAAUUCGUUAUGGCUAUGUCGAUUCACAAAUCUUUGAAUUAUUUAUCCAUUUUGAAGUCAAGCAUUACGCCUAUGAAUUGUUUAGCACGCUUAUGAUGGCAAUUUUUAUAAUAUAUUGGUUCGCGUGUCUGUAUUAUUUAAUACCAGUGUUAACUCUUCACUUCAGUAAAAUCAAUGCCAAAAUUUGUUCCGAAUGUUGGAUGAUAAGAUUAAAAAACAAUUCUAAAGCAUUCAGAUUUCGAUGCGCGCUUUUUAUAGUCGUAGAUCAAAUAUCAGGGGCUGGUUAUGGUCAUUUGGUGCCAUACGCGUCUGAUCAUAUAAUAUUGAAUUGUAUUCUUCUCUUUAUCGGUAGACUACUCGAGUUCUAUAUCGCAGUAAUGAUCAUUCGUGUAAGAAUGGGAAUAAAAGAAUCCACGUCGAAGUUUCAAGAGAUAAUAAAUCAACUGUUUGCUUAUGUAAACCAAAAACAAUUGCCGAAACACAUAAAGAUUCGUCUCGAAGCUUAUUACUAUCAUCGUUUCAGGAAAAAUUACUUUCGUGAGAAAACUAUUAUGCUCACUUUAUCAGAACAUUUACGUCAAGAAAUUGCACUUGAAUCAUGCCAUCGCUUAGUCGAAAAUGUAUCGAUGUUCAGAAAUUUACCCAAACCUAUUUUGCGUAACAUCGUGAAGAAUUUGAAAUUCGAGCUUUAUCUACCAAACGAUGUGAUCGUGAAAGCAGGUGCCCAUGGUGAUUGUAUGUUCUUUCUGUCUGCUGGGACCGUUGCUGUGUUAACACCCACUGGAAAAGAGAUAUGUCACUUGGACGAUGGAGCACAUUUCGGAGAAAUAGCACUUUUGGUUCCCGAUCAGAGAAGAGUUGCAAGCGUGAUUGCAAUUGAAGUAUGCGAAGUAUAUCGUUUAAAUCGCAAAGAUUUUCGAAAAUGUAUUGCCGUACAUUCAGAAUUGUUUGCAACUAUUGAAAGUAUUGCGACAGAAAGGAUCGAAAGGGCUGUAGUGAUCGAGGAACAGCAUAAGCGUUAUCUUAUGCGAGAUACUGCUCGCGUUGAGGAUAAAAAAGACAUGCCACAUUUGUGA